AUGUGGCAUCAGCCAAUUGACAGUGACUUGGUGAGUCCUGACUGCAUAGGGGCCCUCAUAAAGACCUUUGAGAAGGGCAUCUCUCUCUUCUUGCAUCGUGCUUCUCUGUCAGAGUUUCCACCUUUGGGUAACUUGAAUGCUUCUACUUCUCCUGAGCCAGGCCUUACGCUCCGCAAGGAUGGAAGCUCCUUUAGUUGGGACCUUGCCCUCAGUCUCUCUUCAUUUGGGUGUUGUGUCCCUUACUGUAUUGGAAUUGGGUCUGGGAAGCUGAAACAAGUGGCCUUGUUGGAGACCAUGUUUGGUGUAAAAGUGAUUAUAACAGGUGAUGCAUUUGUUCCUGGAGAAAGAAGUGUCAUUAUCAUGAAUCAUCGGACAAGAAUGGACUGGAUGUUCCUGUGGAAUUGUCUGAUGAGAUAUAGUUACCUCAGAUUGGAGAAAAUUUGCCUCAAGGCGAGCCUCAAAAGUGUUCCUGGAUUUGCUUGUUUUAUCUUUUUGAAAGAUAUAAGAUCUUUCUUUAUGUUAGAAGAUAGAAUAAACUGUUCUCAAAGAAGUAUCUAUGGCUCCAGAAGGGCCAACACUUUGAAGGAUGUGAAUUAUGUCAUGCUUAUGGCCUUGUUGGAGACCAUGUUUGGUGUAAAAGUGAUUAUAACAGGUGAUGCAUUUGUUCCUGGAGAAAGAAGUGUCAUUAUCAUGAAUCAUCGGACAAGAAUGGACUGGAUGUUCCUGUGGAAUUGUCUGAUGAGAUAUAGUUACCUCAGAUUGGAGAAAAUUUGCCUCAAGGCGAGCCUCAAAAGUGUUCCUGGAUUUGAAAAUAGCAAAGCUCGAAGUAAUGAUUUUGCUGAAAAAAAUGGACUUCAGAAAUAUGAAUAUGUCUUACAUCCAAGAACUACAGGCUUUACUUUUGUAGUGGACCGUCUAAGAGAAGGUGAGAACCUUGAUGCUGUGCAUGACAUCACAGUGGCAUAUCCCCACAACAUUCCUCAGACAGAGCGGCACCUCCUGCACGGGGACUUUCCCGAAGAGAUCCACUUCCACGUCCACCGGUACCCGGUGGGCACCCUCCCCACCUCCAAGGAGGACCUGCAGCUCUGGUGCCACAGGCGGUGGGAGGAGAAGGAAGAGAGGCUGCGCUCCUUCUACCAAGGGGAGAAGAAUUUUUACUUUACCGGGCAGACUGUAAUCCCACCUUGCAAGUCUGAGCUCAGAGUCCUUGUGGUCAAAUUUCUCUCUAUACUGUACUGGACCCUGUUCAGCCCUGCGAUGUGCCUGCUCAUAUAUUUGUACAGCCUUGUUCGAUGGUAUUUUAUAAUCACCAUUGUCAUCUUUGUGCUGCAAGAGAGAAUAUUUGGUGGACUGGAGAUCAUCGAACUUGCAUGUUACCAUUUUUUACAUAAACGGCCACAUUUAAAUGCAAAGAAAAAUGAGUGAGAUUGUAAGGUUUACAGUGUAAAAACCUAGGGGUUAUUUUGGAAAUGUGCUAGUAAGCCUUUGUAAAACCAAGAUGCAUUUUUGCAUGACUAUGUCAAAUAUUUCUUACUACCAUCAUUAUUUGUUAAAGAUAUUUUGCACCAAGUUUUGUGGAAAAAUAAUGCAACACACUUGACUUUUAAAAAAAUCUCUGAAUGUAAAUAUGCAUAGCAGGGAGCAAUCGCUAUGAAAUAAUUCCAGUCAGAGUAUUCUUCAACAAUCAUCAGGCUGUUAACAGACAAGGUACACGAAAUUUUCCUAAACAUCCAGUCCUGUUUCCUAACAAACCCCAGGCAAGAUGCAGAUCUGGGGCUCCAUGAGCGCUGGCCCAGAUCAGGUGCUGGCGCUUGACUGUGGGCAAGGGCCCUUCAUCCUGCCUCCCUCCUGGGGCACUGUCCUGCACUUAUUCCAUGCCAAUCAAAUCAUUGCAUCCUCCCAUGAGACCAGAAUGUGCAAAUCCCUUGUCCUUAAACUGACCACACAUUUUGAUAGGAAGCCCUUUGUUACUCACAAAAUCUUGACAUUUAGCCUCGCGCUGACCUAGAUGUCAGAAGACCACCUGUGCCCUUCUUCCACGUGGAAAAUAAGACCUGGACUUGUCUCAGGGAGCAACCGCAGACCCUCCACUUAGAAACCUUAGUUUGAAUUUUUAAGGUAAGAGCUAACACAGUUUAGUUUUAAACUUCUACCUUGUCUUAGUGCUGGUUUCCUUACAACUUCUUGGCAAGUCUAGCCUUUUCUGCAUUAAAAAGGGUAAAUAUCAAGUCACUUACUUUUUGCAAGAAAAGUGUAGAAUGUUCAGUUGGUACAUUCAGAAACUCUUUUGAAGUUGUGUCUUUUAAAAUGUUUUUUAAAACCUGCCAAAAAAGGGAAGGUUAUUAUAUUUCUACCUGUGCAGCGGUAUCUGACUCCUGCCAGUAAAACACACCAGUGCUCACAGACAGGGCAUUAACAGUUUAUGCUGUGUUGUUCAAUCCUUGUAGCCUUGACAAAUUUUGUUCUUACAGCCACAAUAACACAAAAAUGAACCCUUUCUAAUGACAGCAAGGGAACCCUCUCUUUUUUAAUCCCAGGCUUCCUCUUAGAGUAGUAAAAUUUAAACCCACUUUGACCAGUUGUUAGCCUAAAUAGUCCCAAUAUUUGGAGUUAAUGGAAGAUCCAGCCAACCAACAGCACAUCUUGUGAGGCCAAGCAGCACGUGGUCACAUUCCCACUCUGCUGGAGCUGCGCGCUGGGUUUUUUUUGGUCAUAUAAUGGGAAUGCUGGUCACAGCAGAAAAUAGGAGGCAAUUAAAAGUUUUUAGCUGUUAGCAAACCUGUCAGCUUUACUCUUACUUUGAAGCAGCCUCACAGGCUGGCUUCUGGUUUCUGAACUAUUUUGGCAUAAAUGCCUCUCCAUACCUACAUCUCAAGUUUUGCUGGUCAGUGACUCUUACCCUCCAGCUGAACCGUGCUUUGCCAUUAAAGGUAAGUGCAUGGGGAGCCAAAAUUACCAAGCAGAUUGUUUGGGAAAGUACUGGUCGCUGGCGGAACACUGCUGACACAUCGCUUUAAUUAGUAGACUCCUAACUAGGGCUUCUGCUCCCCAGCCUAUAUUAACUGCUCCCUCAAGGCUGUUUAUAACCUUACAGGGAGCUACUAAUUCAUUGUUAUGCACAUCUGCUCCAAACCCAACUGUUUAAUUUCAUGGUCUUUUACUUUUUGUUUUCGGGAGUUUUUUUUCUUUUAAGCCUUUUUUCUUAAUAAAAGAGGGUUCUAAUAUAGGUUUCUCAUAGAUUUCUUUCAUUAUAUUUGGAAACACGAAACACAGAAACAGUGUAACAAGCAAGAUUGCAACUGUCCUGGGGUAAAAGAGAAAAGCUAUGUUUCUCGCCCCCAAGUGCUUAUAAUGUAGCUGAUCUCCUUUCCUCCAACUUCUCACCUCUGUUCAAGGUGAAACUUCCAUUUAAUGGCAUGCCUUCUUUAACACUCUGAAACCUGUGAAAGGGGACAUCUUUUUUCUUUUUUUAAAAAAAUAUUUUUUCUUUUGAUCAUAAGAAACAUCUUUAAAAUAAAAUGCAAACUUUUUUUAACCCACCCCAAAUUCAUAAGCAUAAUACUGAGACAUAUAGACAUUGUAAUUUGUUUUAAGAAAUGAUGACUUCAGAAGGAAAAAAGUUGUGGGGUUUUUUUUGUUUGUUUGUUUUCUUUUUGCAAUAAGGCUACUUUUAUUUGUGUUUUCCUACACAUUUGUCUUUUUCUUCUCUUAUUUAAAAAAACCGUAGAAAUGGACAGUUAAUGAUUUGGAACUUAGAGCUACCCAAAACUGAUACCAAAGUGUCAAAUAGAAAUUAAUCUAGCCUCAGUACUGUGACCGGCUUCAGGAUGGUCCCCUCCACCCUUGGCCACUCAGAGCAGCUGAUUACCUUGCUUCACACCCAGACACCCACUUCCUACUUCAGGCCCUUUCCAUCCUUUGAAGGUAAAUGCAACGGACUUUGAAAUGUUAAAUGUAUGUCCAGUUGUUAAAUCUUUACCAUUUAGAAACAGUUUUAAAUAAAGCCUGUGUGGUUGACAGGGGACAUGAACCAUGACAUAUAUACUUGGAAUAGGAACCUACAAGGAAGGGCAUGAACUAGGUCAUGAGCUCCUCUACCAGACGUCUCUGACGUCUCUGAGGAAAGCAGCCGAAGGAAUUGUGAAUAUCAGGAGAACAUGGUAAAGACUAAAAGAAAAACAAAUGCUAAAGCCGAUAACUUAAAACUCCUAGUAAAAUCCUCCCUUGUUUGUUAAUAUGACUGAAACAAAGAUUAGGGAGGAAUACCAGCUUCCAUGUGAGUCACUUUGAAACUAGUUGCCUCCACAGAACUGUGACAGAAGUUGGAUAUUGGUAGCCAAGACUGAAUUCUGCAGAAAGGGACACAUCCCCAUUUUAUUGGGACUUCAAGCUCUGGCCCUGACCACGAUGCCCUCUGACCUUUUAUAAUAGAGGCUCUGAUGGAGGGAGCCUGUUGGCAUUCAAUUGUUUACAUUUCUUUAUAUUAACAAUGUGCUUUCAGUGCCUUAGUUACAGAGGUCCCUUUCUUUUCCUGUUCCCAGGAUUCUGCAUUGUUUUUCUUAGGUAAAAGUCUCCGUUUGCUAUUCACUGGGAGAAAACUGGUUUAUAAACACUGGUCACUGGGGUACCCACCACUUCUUGAUGACAUCGUGAAAGAGCUUGGUGCUGAGGCAUGGCUGCCUUAGAGCUGCUGUUUAUGCUGUAGGAACAGAAAUGGUCACCUGCUGAGCUUCCGAUUAGAUCAGAUUUUUAUUUCAGAAGGGAAUCUUGGUGUUGGUAAUUUAUUUUUAAAAGAUCAUUAUGUGCAAACACCCAGUUUUAAAAAUGACUCACAGAAUGGCCUUCGUUUUCCAAGUACACUGGUAUGUUUGUGAGUUGUGUGAUCUGGAAUAUACAUCCCAGAAUAAAGUGGAGUGUAUUAAAUAGUU